CAUAGGCACUUUAACUGUCAAGUUUACUUUCACUUUCAUUGUCGGCUCACCACCCUUGCCCCUAUUUUCCUAUUAAAAAAUGCGAUUUAAACCACCCAACCCCUCUUCCCUGUUGAAAAAGGCAAUUUAAAUCAUACACGUGUAAAUUAAAAAAAAAAAAAUAGGUGGGGCUUGCAUGCUGUUGUCUUGUUUCUUCGGCCGGAUUGUCCACAACUUUAAUACUUGGUAUAGCAUUUGCGUGUUAUAAACUUAUUUUCGAUGCCUUGCAUGGCUUCCUUUUGUGUUUGCUACAAUAGAUUUUUUGACUGAUCUGUUGUAUUUAGAUGCCUGUGUUUUGUUUAUGUUACUACAGGUCUAGGUCCCGGUAGAAUACCUGCCUUUCCCUUCAAACUAUCUCUCAAAGUGACCGUCGCGCGCGAGAGAACUAGUACCCAGGGAAUCCCCCCAGCAGAGGCAAGACUUUCAAAAUGGCGGAAACUAGUAGUAGUACUUUGUCGUAGUAGUUGAUGUGAUGUGCGUGUACCUGUUCUGAUCUUUUAUUACACCGGAAAAGAAUGUCGAAAACUGAGUUUCAUCCAAUUUUAUUUGAUAUAGUAAGCAGCUACACUCGUCACAAAGUUCUACAGCGUCAAUUUUCCACCAUACUUCAGAAAAUUCGAGGAGAAGCCAGUUGCCCAUCCCAAUUGGCGGCGCUGGUUGUCAAAUUUCUUGGAGAAGAAAUAAUAGCAGAAAAUCAACGAAUCAAAGCAGCUUUCAGCACUGCUGCAGCUGAUCGCAUCAUUGCAAAACAUGGAGAAUUAUUUUCCGACAAGGCUUACGAGAAGAAUUUUCGUGUCUCUCUUGCAAGGUUACCAUCGAUUGUUGACGAAAUGGGAGAAGUGAUCUUUAAAGAAAAACAACAUGUAGGUACAGUAGGUGCUUUCUUGGCGUUUGGAGCGACGCUUGCUGCAUAUUGUGAGGAGAAGGACGGUUUGGAAGCAGAGGCAGUGGAAGGAAUAGUGGAAUCUGUGACGAAAUAUUUUGAUUACCACCUCAGAUCUUGGCUGAGAACUAACGGAGGAUUGGGUAUGCUUCAGUCUGCCAAAGAGGAAUGCCAUGAUCAUUUUGCAGCAUCUAAGAAAAGAAAGGUCCAGUUUUCAGAUUCAUUGAAACUUGUAGCUGAACAUAGUUUGCAAACUGCAAAUCCACAAUUUUACAUUGAAAUGUGCAAGCUUAUCCUAGAACUACAACAUCUUCUUGGAAUGAAUGAGAAAGCCUCUGAAACUUGGUUUGAUUAUGGCAUGUUUCUCUUUGGACAAGGGGACUAUUCUGGAGGUAAGGACGCCCUUGGAAAUGCCAUUAAAGGAUAUAUCAGCUUGGGACACACAGUCAGUUCAUUCUUCCUCGGCCAAUGUCACUUUCAGAUGGGUGUUAUUGAAAGUCACCUAGGACACUUUCAAGAAGCUAUGGUGUCAUUUCAAAAAGCUCUAGAAUCCAAGAUCAUGUUUGGAAAGGGAAAUGUGUCAAAUGCAGUUUGCCAUCAUUGGCUUGGAUAUCUGUACCGGCAAAGAAAGGAUCUUGAGAAAGCUCUCCAAGCUCAGACCAGAGCACUGCAUGAGAUGGGGAAAGAUGCAAUAGAUGCUACUUCUGGAAGCUUCAGAAGUGACUCAUGCUUUGAAUUAGGAUGCAUCCAUCAUGAGAUCGGAGACUUGGAAAAAGCUGUUAGUUUCCAUCAGAAGUCGUUGUUCAUGCGAGAGGAGCAAGUGACUCAUUUUAAACCAAAACUUCAGUCUUAUGUUCAUCUAGCUGUGGUUCUGCAUGACAGAAGUGUAAAAUGUAGCAGGCAUUGUAUUUUCAAUGAAGUUAUUAAUUCAGAAAUUGUUCCUUUGCUUGAAAAGGCUGUGACAUUGUGUAAAGAACAGUCCCAGAGUGGAAACUUGCGUGAUAAAUUUCCCGUUAUCAUGCUUGCGCACACGGACAGACUAGAAAGCAUCAAAGAUAUUCUUUCUUUAGCAUUUAAACUGUGCAUAAGUCUUUGUUCUGCCUUGGGUGAAAAAGACAAAGAGGCAAAGCAAGAAAUGGACACUAUAAUGUCAGAUUUCAAGAAUUUGCUGAAGACACCGGUUGGUGACUCACAUGAUGAACAAGAGAACUGGGAUGAGGAUGAACGACAGUUGGCUGUAGAGCAAGAGGAGGCAGAGAAAGUGGUUCCUCCAGAGAUUCUUGCACGUGGAAACUUGGCUUUGGAAGCUUACAACAAGGCCCUUGCUGAGGGAACGACUUGCGUCAAGAGGGUGCCAGUAAUGUUAAUUGGACAAGAUCGUGCAGGAAAGACCAGCUUGAAGAAUUCACUGAUAGGAACACGCUUCAACCGAGAUGAAGAGAGCACUGUAGGGAUAAAUAUAGAUCCUUCACAUUUUGAGGUGUCAACCGAGACUUGGAAGGCAGGAGAGACGAAUCCAACGGCAAAUGUUGAUACAGCCGUGUCUUAUGAACACCAUGCAGCACGAUUGGUUGUUAAAUCAUUGAGGGAGGAAAAAGGUGCUCUUGAGGAAUCUGCGAGAAUGGAAUCUGUCCCCUCAGAGAGCAUUCCCUUGAUUGACGAAGUCUUAUCAAGUGUAAAGGAUGAUUUCACUUUAGAACCUUCACAUGUCCCUGAUGUAAUUAGCCAUGAUACCGCUGAAUUCUCCGGUGGCUCGAAAGAUUCAGAAUCUUGUGAGAUGCCAGCUGAUCCAGAGUCUAUUUUGACAUCAAAUAAUCGAGGACCUAAUGAAACACGUCAUCCUAACACAUCAGCAUGCGGCACAUCUGAUCUUACAGAGAGGCAGCAAGAUGACACUCCUCUUGUCAUACCCAAAAUGCCAGAAAAGAUAGCCACACUGAUUGAAAGACUGCUCAAAGAAGUUGAUAAGGUAGAUGACAAAGAAGACAUCUAUUCCGUCUUAUGGGAUUUUGGUGGACAGUCAGUUUAUUAUGCAACCCAUCCACUUUUUCUGACUGCUAGGGCCAUCUACCUUUUGGUGUUUGACCUCAGCCGAGGUCCACUCGAAAGAGCCAAACCUGUUAUUAGGCAAGGGACGUUCAAGAAAUUUGAAGACAGCUUUGGCCCGAAAACCAAUUUGGAUUACCUCGAUUUUUGGAUGACUUCUGUUGCUUCGUUGGCCAAUCAAGAUGGAAACCAUGAAGUGACUUCUAGUUCUGGGAUGUUGCCGGCGAAUCUUCCCCCUGUGUUCUUGGUGUGCACUCAUGCUGAUGCACCUCAUGGUGGUCGUGAUCCCAGGACACUAGCCAAAGAGAUAUUUGGUUCUCUACACACUAAGCCAUACAAAACUCACUUGUAUGGGAAUGUCUUUGCCGUGGAUAACACGAAGUCAGGGCUCCAAUCUGAGUGCCCAGAAGUCACUCGCUUGAGGAAGGAGGUACAUGCUGUUGCCAGGGAGCUACCGCAGAUGAAAGAAUCCAUUCCGAUCAAGUGGUUACAUUACGAGAAGGCACUUCAAGUCAUGAAGGAAGACGGCAACAAGUGGGUUACCUUUGAAAGGGCCAAGCAAAUCGCGUCUAAAGUCUGCAAUAUUGUCGAUGACAAACAGUUCGAGACGUUGCUCGAUUUUUUACAUGACCAGAGAGUUGUGAUUCAUUUUGAUGACACGCCGGAAUUGAGUAGAUUUCUGGUGUUGGACCCUCAGUGGUUGAUUGAUGUGUUUAAGAAGGUGAUAACCAUUAAGCCAUAUUGCCAUCAAGAGGAGGGAUUUAGAGAACUGUGGUUUGAUCUUGAGACGACAGGAAUCCUAGAUGAAAAGCUAUUAGAGCAUGUUUGGGGUCCCUUGUUUGACAACAGAGAAACCUGCGAUAGCCUUGUAGCGAUCAUGGAGAAAUUCAGCUUGCUUUGUUCAUGGCCUUCUUCAGAUGCUUCAUGUUCCAAGAAAUACCUGGUGCCAUCCAUGUUGAUGUCGCAUCCACCAGAAGACAUCGCCAAGCUGGUUGCAUCUGCUCAAAUUCCUUCCCUUUUCAUUAAAUUUGAAUGUGGUCAUGUUCCACCAGGAUUGUUUCCCCGACUGGUGCUGCAGUUUUUUCAAUGGGGCAAAGCAGAAUUGUGGAGCCCAAUGAACCCUCAGUUGUACCACAAUUUUGUCAGAUUUUUCACCUUUGGAGAUGACGACUGUUCUGUAAUCAUCCUGUGUCAUUCGUCGUCCAUUGAAAUUGUUUUUCACAGAGGUAAUGUGGGUGUUCAGUUGGCAGACGAUUUACGGACAAAGAUGAACGUGUCUACAGAUGUGGGUCCUGACGUAUUUGAUGUGACUUGUGCUCGUGCCGUGUGCAGGCAACUGCAAUUGAUGCUUGAGUGCAUGCGUAAGGAAUUCUGUUGGCUAAGAAAUAUGAGAUAUGACCUUCGUGUCAUUUGCCCUAUCUGUUGCCAAGGACGUGCAGUUAUCUACUGCCGUGUUCAUCACACACAAGGCUGCAAGCAAGAAGAAUGCCUGCACUUCUGGUCUGAGUCUAUGUUACGCGGUAAUCAACAUGUCGCCAAGUGCACCAAGUCUGCUGCUGCUCAGAAUAACAAGUUCCACGUUAAGAAGUUUGCACCAUGGUUUGCAUCCCUAAGGGAACAGCUACCAAUUGAUGAACGGGAUGGAGUAAAUCUGUCUCUUGAGAAAGGAAGUGAAGAAAAAUCCCUUGCUAUACCUCACAAGGUCCAGGAAUCUCUCUUGUCAAAGUCAUGUGAUCCCAAAGAUAUUAUACUUCAGCUGAGAGAGCAACUGCAGGUUGAACACGAUUCCCUGGAACAUCCAGAACCCGAGACCAAAAGAUUGAUCCGCUGCUUGGCAAGAAAAGCUAAACAAUCAAACAGGCCUGAUGUAGUGAAAUACUUGAGGGAAAUUACACCCGCUGGAACCACGGGUCCUCUGUUGCGUGAACACCUUGAUGUCCGGAAUAUUCCUGUUUCUCAGAGAAGAGAGGUUACGAUUGACCUGAGUAGUGGGGAUGAAUGGAAAGUGGUUGCCGAGAGACUGGGCUUGACGCCACGAGAGAUUCGUUUCCUUGACAACCGAACUCUGAACCCAUGCGACGCUGUCUUAUCCUUCAUUGCAAAUCAAAGGCCCACAAGUGUGGGUGGUCUGUACGAUGUGUUAAACGACUGUGGGUUUCCCAUGAUAGCUGACCUUCUGUAAAAAGGUCAUUACAACAAUGGAAUUAGGUUUUUCAUGAAAGAAGUAGCAAAUUAUAUGGUCUUGAAGGUAGCGUAAUAUGACAUUCUCGCUAAUACCUAUUUUAGCUGACACAGUCAAGGUAGACGAAGUACAGAUAGGCUUGUCCUCGGGAUGGAAUGUCUUCACACCUUGACAGUACGAAUACUUAAUUUAAUUUUUCUAUAUUCCUUUUAGUUUGUUACAAGGAUGUUAUUACUGGUCAGUUUACAAAACUGACCAGUACAGUCGAACAUCUCCUUACGGAUCAGACAGUUACUCUAUGCUAUUUUGAAUAUGGCAUUCGCUACAACAUCUGUAUAGGCAACUUAACUUUUCAAAAUUUUACUCUUUCCUUUUCAUAUUUACCUACUUACCUAAUCUUAAUCUUUAGUGCCUAGUGAGUGGGUUAUAGUUACUUUUGUGCAGACGAAAGUUACAACACUUGAAAGGAAGAUAAAAACUAGGAACUCAUUCUUUGAUUUUGUCUCUGGGGCUAUUGUACUUCUCAAGCUCCCUCUUGGCUAUCUUCAGCAGGUUGUAGUACGGACUGAACUCAUCAUGCUCGGUCAAGUCGCAAUGUGAUACAUCCCUUGUCACAGGAAUUUCCACUUUAACAAUCAACUGAAAGAAACUGGGGCGAGCAUUUGGAUCUUCAGUCUUCAAUUUAUAUGUGUUAUUUGUAAUGGUGAACAAUAUAUCAACUAUGUUACCACAAUAUUAUUACGAAUCCUUAAGUGGUAUUUUGCUUGAAGAAUUCAAGAGAAAAAAGGACAACUUAAUGAGUAAAACUUAUUUCUUUUGUUA